GGGGCUCUGCGCUCGCGCACAAAGCCCGCCCCCGCGAACCCGCGGCGCUCCCCAGGCCCCGCAGCCGAGCGCCGAGCUGCCGAUCCGUCACUCCCGCAGCCACCGCUCGCGUCGCUCGUGGCUCCACCCGCCAUUGUAAUCUAUACCCCGCUAUGGAGCAUGCCUUUACCCCGUUGGAACCCCUGCUACCCACGGGAAACUUGAAAUACUGCCUUGUGGUUCUUAACCAGCCUUUGGAUACACGUUUUCGCCAUCUUUGGAAGAAAGCUCUCUUAAGAGCCUGUGCUGAUGGAGGUGCCAACCACUUAUAUGAUCUCACUGAAGGAGAGAGAGAAAGCUUUUUGCCUGAAUUCAUCAAUGGGGACUUUGAUUCUAUUAGGCCUGAAGUCAAAGAGUACUACACCAAGAAGGGCUGUGAUCUUAUUUCAACUCCUGACCAAGACCACACUGACUUUACCAAGUGUCUUCAAGUGCUCCAAAGGAAGAUAGAGGAAAAAGAACUUCAGGUUGACAUGAUCGUGACCCUGGGAGGUCUCGGUGGGCGUUUUGACCAAAUCAUGGCAUCUGUGAAUACCCUUUUCCAAGCCACUCACAUCACUCCUGUGCCAAUUAUAAUAAUCCAAAAGGACUCUCUCAUCUACCUCCUCCAACCUGGGAAACACAGGCUCCAUGUAGACACUGGAAUGGAAGGCAGCUGGUGUGGCCUGAUACCUGUUGGACAGCCUUGCAACCAGGUGACUACAACAGGCCUGAAAUGGAACCUCACAAAUGAUGUUCUUGGCUUUGGAACACUGGUCAGUACUUCUAACACCUACGAUGGGUCCGGCCUUGUCACUGUAGAAACGGACCACCCCCUCCUCUGGACCAUGGCCAUCAAGAGCUAACCUACAGUGUGGCAUCCAUCUUGUGCCUGUGCCUUCCCUUACCGGCCCACUGGUUCGUUGCUCAGCAUGAACAGUCACGUGGGUGUGCAGAAAUCUAAACUUCUCCAUGGGGAGCCAUGAGCUUUCAAGGUGUUAGGGGUUAAGGCAUAGCUGAGCAACAGAGCAUUCGUUGCGUAUGUACAAGGCCUUGGGUUCAACCCUCCGCACCACAAAAUAAAGAUGGUGGUGUUUAAAGAUUCCAGGUUAUGCUAUAAAUGAUAUCUCAAUGUUAUAUUGAGGGAAAAUUAUGCUCUAUCAAAUCACAUAAGCUGUAUUAUAUGGCUAAUAUAGCUAAUGUGGAUCAUUACAUUAUAUAAUUCAGUUUUGAUCAUUUUAAUUUAAUUAAUCAGUCCAUUUACCUUAAAAUUCUUUUUUUAAUUUUGAAGCACCAGAAGCUGUAUUGUGUUGCCUUGGAAUCUGGCACUUCCUUAAGUACCUGACAGCAAGGGCUGCCUCUUGUGUAUUUCCUAACAUCAGACUCCACAAGUGCUGUGAUAGAAUGGCACCAGUUCACUUUGACAUCAUCUUUUCAAAGAUAAGAAUCAUUGACUUAAUUGUUAGGUUUGAAAGCAAGCAGCUACAUGGACUGCGGGUAAAUGAGAAGUGGCAAUUCAGGAUUCACUCAAACAUUAACCUCUGAAAAGUUAAUGAAAGUAGUUGAAAGUAAGCUCUCUGAGCUCUAGAAAUGUGGGUGCCCUUAUGAAAAUUGUGACACACUCAAAAGCUUUGGCCUGAGGAAUCGAUCGUAAGCCUGAAAAUUCAGUCACUUUUAACAUAUUUCCCACUAGAGGCAGGAGAGAUGGCACAGUGGUUAGGGGCACUAGCUACUCUUCCAGAGGUCUUGAGUUCAGUUCCCAGCAACUACGUGGUAGCUCACAACCAUCUAUAAUGGAAUCCAAUACCCUCUUAUGGAAUGCAGGUGUACAUGCCAAUAGAGUACUCAUAAAAAUAAAUAAUUUUGGGGGGAAAAGACACUUCCCACUAAAAAACAAAAUAUUAAUUCAUCGAGCAUAUUUACUGACAUCACCAGAAAAUUAGUGUGGCUAUGGAGAUAAAUGAAUACCUCUUACUGAGGAAUUGACACCUGAAGCCUGUUUCUUCAUUCCAGUUCACCACGACGUGCCUCUCUCUGCUGUAUGGAGGGAGGGAGUAAUCACUGAGUGUGUGAAAGAACUACAAGUAUAAACUCUAAAUGCUAACAUGUUGCAGGUGUAGAGUAGAUAACACAGUCCCUGACUUAGCCUAAGCUUGCUGGUGCAUUAAAACUUAUUCACGUUUCUUUCAUGAGCUCCCUUCCUCAUCUUCCUAUUCCUUCUCUCUUGUCCCAUUUCUUAAACCGUAUCUUGCCAAACAAACCAUGAUUUAAGGCAACCUGCCUACCUUGUUGCGUUUAUCCAAUGACUGUGUUACUGUCUUCUUGGUGCUACAACAGUAUGAAGCUUAAAACAAAUAGAGGAAGAAAAGGGAUCAGUUGAAUCAAUACCAAGUUCUUAACAGAAAUAGUUAGAAUCAUUGUUAUUAUUUUAUGCAAAUAUAUGAUUCUGAAAUCUGAAUGUCAAAUAAAAAGUUAUCAAUGUGCAUGUCUGGAGUUGGUUUCUCAGAAAAUGUUUAAUGUUAUCGCUUGUAAUUCAAUAUGACUAACCUUUCAUAAUCAUUGUUUCUGUUCAAAAGGUGACUUAAUAUGUGUAUUUUAUAAUUAAAAUCUCAGAUCUGACUUCAGAUAGCAA